AUGGCUGACAUGCAAAAUUCCCCGCGAGAGGUUGCUUCGUAUCUGCGAAAGGUUGGUACGAAGCCCCUAGUUGAGCGUAUACGCCGUGAGAGGAUGAACGCGAGUAUUGACCGUCUCAAGCUCCUGAUCGCGGACACCAUCCGGGAACAGGUGUCACCAAUGACGCGUGUUGAUAAGGCGGACGUCCUUGAACUCACUGUGUUCUACCUGACGCGGCUCCAGCAGCAGCAGCGCUCCGAUCGCGUCGCCACCGAAGCCACUGACACUGUCUCCUAUGCAAAAUCCUAUCAGACCGGCUCCCGAAAGUGCGCACGGGAGGCAGUCAACUACAUAGCUUCGAGUAGUCGUUGUGUUCCGGAAGUGGGGACAAGCGUGAGUGGACAUUUGAGAAGUGUCUAUAUGCAGAAGCAGAAUAGCCGCCAGGAUGGUGAUGGGAGUCUUCACGAUGAUGAUAAUCGGAUUCCACAGAUCGAUAAUAUUGUGCCUUAUACCUAUACUCAUCAAGGCCAGAACCAGCAUGACAAUUUUAUGUCAACGCCGAUACGAUCGGACGAACGGCUGAAUGGACUGACAGGUCGAAAAGCAACUCCUUCUAUGAACACUCCAGAAUGUUCACCGAUCUUGCAGAAGAUGACAAGUCACGGUGACAUCAACAUUCAUAAUUCCAGGACAGCCGCUUUGAGUUUCCAGAGUAGUGAUUCAGGAUUUGCAAGUCUUUACAUGUCUACCUUUGGUCAAUCUUUAGGGUCAGAUGGCUCUAUUUUAGUUGAUCAAAGUGAGGAGGCUGUAGUUGGUCAAGUGUCCAAGGACAAUGUAUGUCGCCCGUGGUAG